AUGGAGGCGACAAGGCUCUACCCGAAUGACGUGCCCCUGCUGGCUCGCACAGGGCUCGGCAUCACUGUCGCAGGGAGCGACCCGGACCAUGUCCCGCUUGUUCCGACGCUGGUCAACGAUCACCGCAGACGCUUCGCUCUGGACGGCAGUGCAGUCGACGCGAACGGCGUUGUGCGUCUUCACGUGCGCAAUGCCUUGGGCUACGCCUUUCUGCGUCCCUAUCACGUGCACCGAUUACGCCGAGCUUAUGCUGGUAUGCGUAAUACAAAGGAGUCCGAGUGGGCGACUCAAGCUUCGUUCUAUCGCCAUAAUUACCGCCACUUUGUGCCGCAUGAUCUACUGAUGGAGUUGUUGAGGAAGGAGUGUCCUCCACAGGAGGAUGGGAACACGUUGUCGAAGUGGCAGGGCAAUGCGAUUGCUGGCGUGGACUGUGGACAGGACGGCCACGUGGUGUUCUAUCCGACAGGACAGGUCUUGCAACAAGCUUGUGCCUUUUAUAGUCGAGGAGCGUCGGAGGAAGACGUGCCGUGCUCUAGCACAGUUGUCGAGACGGGUGCUGCAAUUCGGCAGUUUGCCGUGAUGGGUAGCAAGGACGCGUAUCAUUCGACAAGUGCUGCAAAGAUAUUUGCUGUGGCUAGGGGGUGCACAAACUGCACAAUUGUUGCAGCCCCAGCACGUGUGACGCCUGACAACAUGCGGAAGAUGCAGGCCAAGGCAAAGAUAUCGUUCACUGAAGUGAUAAACCAUGUAGCUGGAAGCCCGCAUGCAGAGGCUGAAGUGGCAUUGGUUACAGCCGACGGUAUCGUUCGGUGGUGGGACCCAGAAGGGGGGAUCCAAGUCGCCGAUACAGGCACUACUAUGCGAGACCGCUUGUUGCGCUGUGAAUAUUCCAGCCACCCUCGUGUACUGUGGGCAGUAAAUCGAGUUUCAGUCUCUACCUUAGACCUUAGGCAACCAGCUCACCACGCGAGCAAGUUGUUUGAUGUAGCGAGUGCGGGUCCUUACGUAACUAUUUAUGACAUAAAGCGCAGAGCAAGCAACCCGUUCCAGUUUGUCGUCGGUACCGGUGUCUCUAUUGAGCUUCUGGACAGUCGUAUGGCGAGGCAGCACCUUCUUUCGUGGACUCAACCCGAGAGCUAUUCUGGCGAGUCUGAGUUUCCGUUCGGAGCAAUUGACGAAGUGGACAUGUCGGGAAGUGCUGAUGACUUACGUGGUUACAUUGUGUCGAGCUUGAAGCGGAAGAAGGUAUCGACACUCUUCCCUUUCGAGCGGAAUCGGAAAAGACGACAUGACAAGAUAUUGUCGCUGUCGUCGCUGCGGUCCAACACCGAUGACGAGUACUCAACCUCUUCGCGCACAAGCAUUGAGCAGCUAGUUGCUUCUGACGCUCCGUUGGAUUUGCACAUGGAAGACGGUGGGGAGUACACAAAUUUGACGGGUGUUUGCGCGCUGCGAGAUGAAAGCUCUUUAUCUGCAAGUAUUUAUCAGCUCAACAGUCUGGGCGAUUUGUUUUCCCACCGAGUGGCGUUUGGCCGCUCUUCGACAAAGUCGUAUCAUGCUGCUAUUCAGUCCGAUUUGCCAUGUGGUGUAGCUGCUCAGGCUGAGGGUACAGACGAGCUGAUUGCUAGGACUUUUCCAAUACCGUCGGAUGCUAUUCUACCCGAACACGAUACCGAGUCGAUGCAAAAGUUUAUCACCCUUCCUAUCAAAGUCCUUCGGCGACAGUUUCCGCGCCUGCCGGAAGAUAGAGAUACAUCCGUGGAGGCUCAAGACACAACAGCAGCGUCGCUCGGCAACUGUACGAACAAGGAGAGCAGAAAAGAUGAUAGCAGGAAAACAGACGCAGUGGGCAUCAGCAGAUCUCCACGACAAAGUCGUAACGACAGUGACAACCGGAAUGCUGGUAAAGCUGAAUUGCGAUCGGUGAAGAGAGUGUAUAUUGAGAGGUCGCGUGGGAACGGAGAUGGCACAACUGACGCGAUGGUCGCUGCAUCGACACGGUCAGAGCCUCUUGACAAGGAUGAACUAGUCAAACGACUCAUUGGCAUCUGUGACCCCUCGACUUCGCUGUUUCGGCUGCACCGUUAUGUUUUCGACGUACUCAAGGUCGAAGUUCCUUCGACUAACCUCUUGCAACUGCUUCGUUCACGCAACGAAUUCCGAAUUCGAAUGGUGCACCACGCGCUUCCAGCAGAUACGCUGUGUGUGCGUAACCCGUCACGACCAGGAGCCGAUGACGUGCACUACAAAAAGGACGAUCCGCGCUUAGCUUCAUGCACUUGUCGUCCCGGAUCGUCCCCCGUGCAAUUACCGUGUCAAUCAUGGGCCUGUGUAAUCCCUCACGCAGUCAUCGUGUCAAGCUCAUCGAUGGAGCUGCAUUUGGACAACACAGCCCCUUCAUCGAGUGUUCGACAAGAGAUGCCGGUGGAUUUGGCUGAUAUCAUUGUUGCCGCGCAGGCCGUGUACGAUGACAUGUACGAAUGUCCAUAA